AUGCCACAUGGAGCUGAAAGCUCAUAUACUGUAAACCCCCUGCAUGAUAGUUUGGCUGGUUCCAAAUCAGGCAAUGGACAUAUCGCUUUGGGAAGCCCAACUAUAGCAUCUGGUAACCUCCCAGAUCCACUUUAUCCUGGUAGUACAUGUGGAGCACCCAAUCCAACAAGUGGGCUUGUGGCACCACAAGAUUAUACCUCAAGUUACAGUGGCACAUACCUUCCAUCUGGAUAUUGUAGUCAAUCCCCUGCAGCACUUCCACCAACUCACCCAUCAUCUCUACAUAGCUCAGGACUUCAGCCAACACAUGCAUCACCAGCUUUGGUCCAUGGAUACAGUUCUUCAGGCACAAUAUACAACUAUAGCUCAAGCAGCUACCCUUCUCAACCAGGAUAUGGUGGAAUGCAUCCUACACACCCUUCUGGUUACUUGCCUUCAGGUAUUGCUGCACCUACUCCACUGCCACCACAUACAACGUCGUCAAGACCUCCUGUGGUCUCUGGGUACACAUACCAAAGUUCUAAUUUAGCACCAAUUUCUGUUACUCCUUUGAGCACAGAACCAUCUGGUUCCUUAAAAAGGAAAGCGUUUGAUAUGGCAACAGCAGAGGAAACUGAAGGAAGAUAUAGAAAAUACAGCUAUGAGCAACCAAAGACUACCUCAGAGUCAUCAUUUCAGAUGACAGACGGUGUUCCGAAUGAAUGCCGAGGAAAUGGCUUUAGUCGUAAUGGAGAAACUCAACAGGUGCCCUUUAAGCCAGGCAAGCGCUCAGCUGAGGAAGAUGUUGGAAAAUAUAGUGCUCAGCCAAUAAAAGCAAUGAUCUCACCUACUUACAAUGAAGAGUCAGCCCUGAGACCUCCAGAAACCUUUGGUAAGUUCACGCCACCUGUUGUUAAUGGUGAACGGAGAAAUAGUGAUCAAGGACAUAUGUUUGCACAAAGAAUGCAGAUUUCAGGGAUGAAACCACCAGUAUUUUGUAGUCCAUCUGAGGAUCAGUUAAAAAAUAUGGAUCCCCUUAUUCUAGAAAUUGUUAAUAAUGAAAUUGUGGACUGUGGCCCUCCAGUGCAGUGGACUGAUAUUGCUGGCCACGUAUCAGUAAAGGCUGCAAUUGAAGAAGAAUUGGUAUGGCCCAUUUUAAGACCUGGUGCUUACACUGGAGCCAGUAGACCUCCAAAAAGUAUUUUAUUAUUUGGUCCCUCAGGUUCAGGGAAAACUCUGUUAAGCAGGUGUAUUGCAACCCAACUAGGGUCUACAUUGUUGAAGCUCAGCAGUGCCACACUUGUCUCUAAGUGGAAGAAUAAAAGUGAAAAGAUUUUGCAGACUGUGUUUUUCAUGGCUAGCUGUCAUCAGCCAGCAGUGGUUUUCAUUAGUGAAAUUGAUCUUUUACUGUCUGCUCACAUCAGUGAGGAUAAUUCCCACCUGAUUAACCUCAAAUCCCAACUGCUUUCCUUUUUGGAUAACAUAUCUACCUCAUCUGAUGACAGCAUCAUUUUCAUUGGUACAUCUCAAAGACCGGAUGACAUUGAUGAAGGUGCUCACCACAGAUUUGCCAGGCGGUUUUACAUUGCGCCCCCAGAUAAUCUUGCCAGAAGGCAAAUCCUGCACCACACUUUGGCUCAACAAAACUAUUGCCUUAGUGAAAGGGAAAUGGCCCUACUUGUCCAGCAUACUGAGGGCUAUUCAGGAAAUGAGCUAAUUCAACUAUGCCAACAAGCUGGAGCCAAUCAUCUUCAUGGAAUUUCAGGUCAACUACAACCAACAUCAUACAAAGACUUUGAGGGGGCAUUCUGUAAACAACGAGCUGGUACCUCUCAAAAACAAUUAGACUUGUACGUGGAAUGGAAUAAAAUGUACGGCUCUAGACACUAA